AUGACGGAAACCAAGAUGGCCGAGCCGAAUGGUGUCGCAAAGCCGACAACGACGGCCUCCUCGACAGGCCUGGUCAAGCCUGCGGUAGCCGGGUUUGGCACGCUGGCCGUGCAUGCCGGCUCGCCGCACGAUGCCGUGACGGGAGCCGUGAUCGAGGCCAUCAGCCUGUCGACGACGUUUGCGCAGUCGGCCGUCGGCCAACCAGUCGGCGCUUUCGAGUACAGCCGCAGCAGCAACCCGAAUCGAGCCAACUUUGAGCAGGCCGUGGCUGCGCUGGAGCACGCCCGCCACGCCCUGGCCUUCUCGUCCGGCAGCGCCGCCACGGCGACCGCCCACAACAUCCGCGUCACCUUCACGCCCGCCAUCGAGGUCGACAUCGUCAGCCACAUCACCCCGGCCACACGCCUCGUCUGGAUCGAGACCCCGUCCAAUCCGACCCUGCGCCUCGUCGAUAUCGAUGCCGUUUCCCGUGCCGCUCAUGCCCGUGGCGUCCUCGUCGUCGUCGACAAUACCUUCCUCAGCCCCUACAUCCAGAACCCGCUCGAUCAUGGCGCCGACAUCGUCGUUCAUAGCGUCACAAAGUACAUCAACGGCCACAGCGACGUCGUCAUGGGUGUCGCUGCCUGCAACCGCGACGAUCUGCAUGCUCGACUCGCCUUUCUGCAGAAUGCCGGCGGCGCCGUUCCCUCGGCCUUUGAUAGCUGGCUGGCCCAUCGCGGCCUCAAGACUCUGCAUCUGCGUGCCCGUGCCGCUUCGACCAAUGCCCUCCAGCUCGCUACUGCUCUCGAAGGCCGUCCUGACCUCGUGAGCGCUGUCCACUACCCCGGCCUCGACUCUCACCCCCAGCGUCCUAUUGCUCUGCGUCAGCACCGCGACGGUCUUGGCGGCGGCAUGCUCUCCUUCCGUCUGAGAGCCGGUCACGCUGCCGCUGAGCGCUUUUGCCAGAAUACCCGCCUCUUCACCCUCGCCGAGUCGCUUGGCGGCAUCGAGUCCCUUGUCGAGGUCCCCAGCAGCAUGACCCAUGCCGGCAUUCCCCGCGACCAGCGCGAGGCCGUUGGCGUCUUUGACGAUCUCGUCCGCGUCAGCUGCGGCAUCGAAGACUCUGCCGAUCUGCUGUACGAUGCUCUGCAGGCCCUUGAGCGUGCUUCUGUCGAGCCUGAAGCCCUCAACGGCAAUGGCAGUGCUGUAGCCCAUUGA